AUGGCGUAUACACCAACACCAGCCCAAAAUGGGUUGUCAAAUUCCCGAUCUCUCAGCCCCAUCUUAGACGUUCCCAAGGAGAAAAAGCCACCCGAUCCCAACAAGGCAAAUCCACGCCUCCUCAUCAACCGUGCUUGUAUUUACGAGCGCCGCCUCCCUGGCGAUGCAUAUAUUACUGCGCACGUGGAGCGCCUCCAACAUGGGCAUUAUUCCAGCGCCUCUGUUUCCGACAAGGAUGCUGAACAUGUUGAUUUUCUCGCUAUUGGGUUUGUUUUUCAUUCGCCGCAUACUCUGUCUCAUCGCUUCAAAUCUGCCUCGAUUAAGGUGGCUGUUCGUGGUGCGCAGGAGAUGUCUCGGCCGCCUCUUUAUCCGCAUGGAUAUCCGCCUGGUAACCCAAGGUUUCUUAUGCAUGCACCACGUUUGAUCUACGGUACUGUCUCGCCAGAGACGAUGGAAUGGACCUUCAGUCUGGCAGGGUCACUGGGGAUUUCAGAAAUGCCAGUGAGCGCGAGUGUGAUUCCUUCGGGAAGCUUCAACAGCAGGUACAGGCGGUACGAGAUGAUGCGCAUCCAAGGGUCGGCGCGUACCCUGAAGAGUCAACAAGGGCCUAGCUUGGACGUUGAGGCCGGCGAGAUUGUUUGGUCAAUGGAGGAGAACAACUUGCAGAAAUCGGGUCUGCCGCGGGAGUUUACCUUCGUCAUGUUGAUUCAAAAGCCAACGGUUGAUAGCCGGCUUGCUUUGUCUAUCGAGGUCGAGCCUGUUAUCGAUGUCUGGUUUGGAAGUUAUCCGAGUUGGAUGUUGGGAAUGUCUGCGUAUAAACCUGCAUCCAGAAGGGGUGUCGACUUUCGACAGGAGGUUGGUCAGCGGUUUGAGCCUGUGGACCCAGUCCGUGGAUUCAACUUUGCUGCCCUAGAGAGUCAGUUCGAUGAUUACAUCGCUAUGCCUGGGAGGAACUUCAGUCGUCAGGGGCUAACAUCCUCUUUUGUCAUUUUGCAGAUGCAAAUCCCAAUUGACCCCGGAUUCCCAGACGGCAGACAUCCGCAACCUUAUCCCGGUCGAUAUGGCUCCAUCAACCCAUACCAACAACAACUUCAAAACCAAACCAACAAUCUUUCACUCCAGAACAACGGCCUCUCUUUGCAAAAUAACCUCCUUCAAACAACCCUUCAACACCUGUGGAACAACACCCAAAGUCAUCAACAUCGCCAGGACCAGGACCAAAACCAAACACAACCCCAAUAUAAACCUCCACCCCGAGCAUCGACACCAACUGUCAUAGCCGCAGCACCAAAUAUGACAGGUCUCCCAACGGCAGAAACAGCAACGAAUACUCUCAAUAUCAGGCUAUUACUAGAUCGCCCGGCAUCACCACAUCAUCAAUAUCCAAGCAAGCUACAGGAUGAACAUGAACGGCAAGCCACGGAGCCCCCUUUCAUCACCCCUUGCACACCGAGCAGAAGGUUCUGCGCAGCCUCAGACUGA